GCGCCUUCGUCCGCGAGCGGUCCCCGGAGCGCGGCCCGGCAGAGCUCGCGGGCGCGGGGCGCGGGGCGCGGGGCGCGGAGCUACCGACGGCGCGGCCGCGCUGCCUGCACCCGGCUCCGCCCUGCCAACCGCGGCCUCGCCCCAGCCCGCGGGGACCGCGAGGCCCCGCUCUGUCCCGCUCCGUCCCCGCCGCGCCCCGCUCCGUCCCCGCCGCCGACCCCCGGCGAUGCCUCCCGGUGCCGCCUGGGCGCUGCUCUUGGCGGCGGCCCUGGGGCUCGGGGCGCGAGGAGUGCGCGGCGCGGUGGCGCUGGCCGACUUCUACCCGUUCGGCGCGGGGCACGGAGACGCUGUCACCCCCAAGCAGGACGACGGCGGCUCUGGGCUGCGGCCGCUCUCCGUGCCCUUCCCGUUCUUCGGCGCCGAGCACUCCGGACUCUACGUGAACAACAAUGGGAUCAUCUCCUUCCUGAAGGAGGUCUCCCAGUUCACCCCGGUGGCCUUCCCCAUCGCCAAGGACCGCUGCGUGGUGGCUGCCUUCUGGGCGGAUGUGGACAACCGGCGUGCAGGGGACGUGUACUACCGGGAAGCCACCGACCUGGCCACGCUGCGCAGAGCCACGGAGGACAUCAAACGCUACUUCCCCGAGCUGCCAGACUUCUCCGCCACCUGGGUGUUCAUCGCCACCUGGUACCGCGUGACCUUCUUUGGGGGCAGCUCCUCCUCCCCCGUCAACACGUUCCAGACGGUGCUCAUCACAGACGGCAAGUUCUCUUUCACCAUCUUCAACUACGAGUCCGUCACGUGGACCACAGGCACGCACGCCAGCAGCGGAGGUGAUGCCACUGGCCUGGGGGGCAUCGCGGCCCAGGCCGGCUUCAACGCGGGAGAUGGGCGGCGCUACUUCAGCAUCCCCGGCUCGCGCACCGCCGAUAUGGUCGACGUGGAGACCAGCACCAACGUGGGCGUGCCCGGGCGCUGGGCGUUCAGAAUCGAUGAUGCCCAGGUGCGCGUGGGGGGCUGCGCCCAUGCAACCUCCGUGUGUCUGGCCCUGCGCCCGUGCCUCAACGGCGGCAAGUGCAUUGACGACUGUGUCACCGGCAACCCCUCCUACACCUGCUCCUGCCUCUCGGGCUUCACGGGGAAGAGGUGCCAGCUGGACGUGAAUGAGUGUGCUUCCCAGCCGUGUCAGAACGGCGGCACCUGCACGCACGGCGUCAACAGCUUCAGCUGCCAGUGCCCGGCUGGCUUCGGGGGACCCACCUGUGAGACAGCACAGUCUCCGUGCGAUGCCAGAGCGUGCGCGAACGGCGGCCAGUGCCACCUGGUCAGCGGCUCCGCGGUGUGCGCGUGCCCGGCGGGCUACACGGGCGACGACUGCGAGACUAACCUGGACGAGUGCGCCUCAGGGCCGUGCCUGAACGGAGGCUCGUGCGUGGAUCUCGUGGGGAACUUCACCUGCCUGUGCGCAGAGCCCUUCGAGGGACCACGCUGCGAGGCAGGAAGCCCCCUACUUCCCGACACCUGCCUCUCGGCCCCUUGCCAGAAUGGGGGAACCUGUGUGGACGCGGACCAGGGCCAUGUGUGCGAGUGCCCCGGAGGCUUCAUGGGCCCCGACUGCAGGGACAGAACCCCUGACAACUGUGAGUGCCGCAACGGUGGCAGAUGCCCAGGGGCCAACACCACCCACUGCGAAUGCCCCACAGGCUUCUUUGGGGACUUCUGUGAAUUUGAAGUCACAGCCACACCCUGCAACAUGAACUCCCAGUGCCCUGACGGCUACUGCAUGGAGUAUGGUGGGAGCUACCUGUGCGUCUGCCACACCGACCACAACAUCAGCCACUCGCUGCCCUCACCCUGCGACUCGGACCCCUGCUUCAACGGAGGCUCCUGCGAGGCCCAUGAGGACUCCUACACCUGCGAGUGCCCGCGCGGGUUCCAUGGCAGGCACUGCGAGAAAGCCCGGCCUCGCCUGUGCAGCUCAGGGCCCUGCCGGAACGGGGGCACGUGCAAGGAGGCAGGCGGCGAGUACCAGUGCAGCUGCCCAUACCGCUUCACCGGGAGGCACUGCGAGAUUGGGAAGCCGGACUCGUGUGCCUCAGGCCCCUGCCACAAUGGCGGCACCUGCUUCCACUACAUCGGCAAGUACAAGUGUGACUGUCCCCCAGGCUUCUCCGGGCGGCACUGCGAGAUAGCCCCCUCCCCCUGCUUCCGGAGCCCCUGUGCGAACGGGGGCACCUGCGAGGACCUGGGCACAGAUUUCUCCUGCCGCUGCCGAGCAGGGUACACGGGACGCCGAUGCCAGGCAGAGGUGGACUGCGGCCCGCCUGAGGAGGUGAAGCACGCCACGCUUCGCUUCAGCAGCACACUGCUGGGCUCCGUGGCACUGUACUCAUGCGACCAAGGCUACAGCCUGAGUACCCCCAGCCCCGCCCGGACCUGCCAGCUGCAAGGCGUCUGGAGCGAGCCUCCCCAGUGCCAUGAAAUCGACGAGUGCCAGUCGCAGCCGUGCCUGCAUGGGGGCUCCUGCCAGGACCAAGUCGCCGGGUACCUGUGCGUCUGCAGCCCUGGCCAUGAAGGAGCCCGCUGCGAGUUGGGGAGUGGGGAGUGCCAGACGGACAAGUGCAGAUAUGGAGGCCCCUGCUGGGACCUCCCAGGGGCCUUUGGGUGCCAGAGCCCUGCAGGCCUCAGGGGAGUCCACUGCAAGGCCGAGGUGGACGCCUGCGACUCCAGCCCCUGCCAGCACGGAGGCCGGUGCGAGAACAGCGGCGGGGCCUACCUGUGCAUCUGCCCAGAGGGCUCCUUCGGCUACCACUGCGAGACAGUGAGUGACCCCUGCUUCUUCAGCCCCUGUGGGGGCCGUGGCUACUGCCUAGCCAGCAAUGGGUCCCACAGUUGUACCUGCAAAGUGGGCUACACGGGCAAGGACUGUGCCAAAGAGCUCUUCCCACCAACGGCCCUCAAGGUGGACCGAGUGGAGGAGAGCGGGGUCUCCAUCUCCUGGCGCCCACCUGAAGGCCAGGCCGCCAGGCAGAUGCUGGACGGGUACGCAGUCACCUACGCCUCCUCCGACGGCUCCUUCCGCCGCACGGACUUUGUGGACCAGAGCCGCUCCUCCCACCAGCUGCGGGCCCUGGCGGCGGGCAGGGCCUACAACAUCUCCAUCUUCUCGGUCAAACGGAACACCAACCGGAACGACAUCAGCAGGCCCGUGGCACUGCUCGCCCACACGCGACCCCGCCCUGUCGAGGGCCUUGAGGUCACCAACGUGACGGCCAGCGCCAUCUCCGUGAGGUGGGCUCUGCACAGGACCCGCCACGCCACCGUCAGCGGUGUCCGUGUGUCCAUCCGCCAUCCCGAGGCCCCAGAGGACCAGUCCACCGAUGUGGACAGGAGUGUGGACACGUUCACGUUUGGGGCUCUGCUGCCUGGAAGGAGGUACACCAUCCGGGCGACCGCCCUCGGUGGGCUGGGGGGACAGGAGCGCCCCACCGAGAGCCUGGCCUCUGCCCCACUGCGCGCAUGGACCCGGCCUCUGCCGCCAGCAAACCUGACCGCCGCCCGAGUCACGGCCACCUCUGCCCACAUGGUCUGGGACGCGCCCGCUCCAGACACUCCCCUGGAGGCAUACGUCAUCAACGUGACUACCAGCCAGAGCACCAAGAGCCGCUACAUCCCCAAUGGGAGGCUGGUCUCCUACACGGUGCGGGACCUGCUGCCCGGGCGGCGGCACCAGCUCUCGGUGACGGCCGUGCAGGGCACGGAGGGCGGCGAGCUGCACAGCGAGCCUGCACACCUUUACAUCAUCACCUCCCCGAGGGACAGUGCUGACCGGCGCUGGCAACGGGAGGGACUCCACCCGCGGGUGCUCAGAAACAGACCGGCCCCUGGGCGCCUGCCAGAGCUGCGUCUGCUCAACGACCGAGGGGCCCCCGAAACGCCCACCCAGGCGCCCAGGUCCUCGGAGCUCGUGGACAGCAGAGGGCGAGUGAGCGCCCAGCUCAGCGGCGCCCCUGGCCAGUCAGCCCCCGCGAGACCACAACCCACGGUGCUGGUGCAGCUGGAAGACGCCCUCGAGCAGGCCAGCCCCGCCCCCCAGCUCCCCGAACACGACAGCGACAAGGACGUGGGAAAUGCCUCUGGGAACUGCACGGACAGCCCCUGCCAGAAUGGAGGCACCUGCGUGCUGGGCGCGGACACCCACAGCUGUGACUGCAGCCCAGGGUUCAAGGGCAGACACUGCGAGCUGGCCUGCAAGAAGCUGCCCCAGCCCUGCACUCGGCUGUUCUCAGAGACCAGGUCCCUGCCGGUCUGGGAAGGAGGCGUCUGCCACCACGUGUACAAGCGAGUCUACAAGGUGCACCGGGACGUCUGCUUCCGAGAGAGCUGCGAAAGCACGGGCGUCAGGAAAGCCCCAGCCAGGAAACAAAGCAAUAGCCCAACACUGAAGACAGCCUAAGCUCCCAGACCCUUCUGGAAACUGGACCCUCUCUGACCCCAUCUCCCUGUGCACAAUCGGCCGAGUCUCCAGUCGCCUGUGAGACAGACACCUCGAGGCCCCUCCACAGCCUGCGCCCGGCUUCCCGCGGACCGAGCGUGCCUGCCAACACGACGUCCCCGGGCGGCCGACGGCUCGCUGCUCGCACUCCCCACCGCCCGUGCUGCGCGGCAGGAGAGGGAGGGGCCGGGCCACGCGCAGCUUCACACGAUGGCCGUGGUCACGGUGUGGCUGAGGAGCCUUCCUGCAGCUGCGGGCUCCCCCCACCCAGGCGGGACCUAGGGUGGGAGGCCCCAGAGAGCCGUGGCCGCGGACAGCCAUCUGCCACCCAUGAAGCCACCCAGAGGCAUCGCCCCCCCCCCCACUCCAAGGACUCCUGCCCCCCGAGCACGCACUCUGAGGCCUGCAAGCAGUCAGCACUGGGGUUGGGAACCCAUGACACGGUCUAGUUUAAAAUACUGAUAUUGCAAUGUCACCUGAAAGAGUAUCGUCUUUAAAAAGCUGCUCAACAAACCCACUUCUAUGAAGACAACCCAAAAACCCUCCACCAGUUAUGAAACACUGGCCUUCGGAAUACUAACGCCUGACACGGCGGAGGGAACACCAACAGGCAGGACACAGGACACACAGACACACGCCCGAGGCCCCCACGUAAGAACUCGCCGCCUCGCAGAGUGACUGGGCAGCCAGCGCGGGAAAGGUCAAGGGCGUCGCCGAGUGGAGGAGCAGCCUGUGAUGCUGCUCAAAGGCCCCUCCCAUUGGAGACCCAGCCUGUCCUCGACACCCCAGCCCCCCCUGCGUUCUGCCUUGGCCUGAGAAACCAGCAGCCACCCUUUCCCAAGGGAAGGACACCGCCCUCCUCCUGCGCGAGAGCUCAAGGGUUCCAGGUGCUCUCGCUGCACGCCGUCCCCUCACGGGUCUCCGAGGCCCAGGGAGACGAGGUCUGGAACCAGACUGACAAGGAAACCCUGAGCGGCAGGGUCCCGGGUGGAGUCUGUCCCCUCUGCGGCUUCUCUCCUCCGGCCUCCAUAAGACAGACGGCUGGGCCGGUCCUCUGGGACGGAGACCUCCAAGCCCCACACUGCCCUCGGCAGCUGAGCUGGAGCCCAGGCCACAUCUCCCCAGGGAACGCCUGUGCUGCGAACCAGCAGCCGCCACGGCAGGAGCCCUGGGUGAGCGAGGCCGUCAGCAGAAGCCUCAACACCCAGCACCCAGUUCCAGGUUCCCAGUUCCAAACCAGAGGCAGGAUUCUCCCCGAGACCCGACAGCCAGCUGUCGCUGACCCACUGACCAUCUGCACAGCAGAGGGUGGCGCGGGGAGCAGGCCACCGCCCCUGGGGCCCCUCGCUGGGGGAGGCGAGGGCUCGUGCCCCCACCGACCAGCUGACUGUGACGGAGGAAGUGCUGGUGCUCAGACGGAGCCAGACACCCAGCCCACCACGUGUUCUGGCCGGGCCGGGCGGUGGGGACUGCUGGCUUUGUGGACCAGGCGGCCUCUGUGCCCACUCGGCGCCCCCCUCGAGCGCAAACACAGCUGCACGCGUGUGCCUGGACUGCUAAGGCCACGCCUCAGUGGAACCUGAUUCACAAAAACAAGGCCACAUCCCCCGGGCCGUGCUCGGCUAACGCCGCCCCGGCUGCCGCCUUCUGCAGAGAAAGCCGUCUGGAUGACGAGUCACACCGUGGCACCCAGGACCCUGCCCGGAGUGUCCUGGGAGCGCUUCACAAACCGCGCUCACAGGCGCCUGGCCGCCCAGGCCUGAAAGACGAAGACAGACACCUUGGGUGGGCGGGGCCCGAGGCUUGGGACCCUCUCAAACCACGACUCAGGCUGCCCGGCAGCCAGCACCCUCCCUCACCCAGCGGCUCUCUGGAGAGCAGACGCACGCCAUCGCCACACCCGCGGUCCAGCACCUUCUGAGCAGCUCUCCCUUCCCUUUGGCACGUGAGGUCACGGCCAAGGUCAGCCCAACCUCCACCUCCUAGGCACUGUGACAGAUGACCCCACUGGAACCGGAGCCCCUGCGCGUCCUCACCGAUGCCGCCCGAGGCAGCCUUACGGCCACCGGAAGGGCUUUCCUCUCCUCUUUGUAAAGACAUUUUUUAAGGAAUUAGAGUAUAUUUUAGACUUCCUGUUUUUACUAGAAUUGCGUGUGCAUAUAUCUGUGUAUUACACAAUUUGUCCUUUUCAGAAAGGAGGACCAGUGACUUCAAGAAGCCUUCUACUGUGCUCCAGCAUGUCCCUAACCUCAGGGCCACCUGAAGGGGAUGGCUGAGCUCCGUCCAGGGGCUCCAGCCCACGACCAUGAACACGGGCUGCUGGCUCCUGCUGUGGCGCUGGAACCUCUCACUGUGCGCCCGUGUAAGCCACAGCGUCACCAGCAAAGGACAAGACCGAGUGACAUCACUGGAAAAGUGGGUGAAACUCUCUGCGACCACACGGACCCAAGCCCCUCAGCCACGAGGCACCUGGGCUACCGGAUCCUGGGCGUGGUGCCGCGUGGUCGUACGGUUCACCCGCUUCGACGUUGUGCGAAUUAUCUCGUGAGAAGACUUCCUGACAUUACGGGAAAUCCCAGAUCACCCUGGAAACACUCCAGCGGAGCUUUCACAAGUCUCCUUCGUAAAACGCCUUCCUCGAAAAUACUCUCCGUCCACCCAAGGAAACCAGCAACCGUGGAGCAGAAAACUAUCGGGCAUACAUGUUUAUUUCUGCCAAAACGACAGGGAGUGGCUGGGAGCUUCCGAGUUAGCCACCUGCGGACCAGGCUGGUGACCGGACCAUCCAGUCAGGCAUCGGUUCAGGGUCCUGCUCAGUCCUGUGCUGGUCACACGGGUGCCACAGAACGGAUGGUGAGAGCACUGGCACACGGAGAGACGUCUUCCUUUUCCGUAGUUUUUGGCCAUGGCCAAGAAAGAGAAAGACAAAGUGUCUCCUUUCCCCACGGGGCAUGGCUGUCACAGAGGAAAUGGAGCCACUCUGCCAUCAGGAGCCCAGUGGGCAAGGGCCACCGUGUGUCACCGACCUCCAGCACCUUUCCUUGGCUGGACCGCCUCCCACCGGCCGACGGGGGCCACGAUGUCUAGCUCACAGGGGCAGAGGUCCCCUGAGCUAUUUGUGUUUUGCAAACAAUACCUUCCUUUUGCAGUUGAAUGGGGAACAGGAGCCCGGGAACGCACAAGCGCAUGCCUCAGUUCAGCGCUGAACCCCCCGGAAAACAGGGCUCAGACCUGCUGUGUCCCAGUGCACGGGGAAAGGAAUGCUGGGCAGCGUCAGCCCAAGGAGGGGUGCCCAGAACGCCGACCAGCCUGGUCCCCACCAACCCUCCCCCGUCACGGAGCUCCUGCCAUCAGGGCCGGGCCUCUGACCUCAAGGCCUCAAGUCGCUGCUCAGACUCACAGGGCUCCUGAGGGGACUUCUCCCUCUCCGGUGUCACGGAGAGCUCCCAGACUGCCACCCUGACCAGACCCCGGCCCAGCCAUGUUCAGAUGCUCUUCUCCUCUGGCAUCAGAAGCCCCCACAAAAGGAUGGGGCUGCCUGGCUGGGUCGGCUCCACGGCCCCUUCGGUUCUGGUGAGCCCCGAGCCAGCACUCCUGGCCGCCAGUGACACCAGGCCCCGGUGUGGCCCACUGGCUGAGUGGGCACGAACGCCAGGCUCCUGAGGCCAGAGGCAGGCCCGCCCCUCCGAGAGGGGCGCCCAGUGCCGCGCUGGCAGCAGCAGCUGUGCCACAGAGGCCGACGAUCACGGACCCACACCCCUGCUCCGCUGUACACUGAAUGCCAUUAGGAAGCAGCACUUCCGGAUUCAAUACACGAGUCUCUUUGUGGAAAGCUUGCUACUUGUUUUCAUAAAAUAAAGUGCUGUGAUGUGCUAAAA